AUGCGGACCUCCCGUCAGAACAUCACUUUGAAGGUCUUGAUAAUAUUUCUGGUUUUCCUGUGUUCCGCUUAUAUUUCACUGAUACUCAGCGAGACUUGGUUCAGUGCCACAUCUCAGGAGGAAACCAGGACGAUGGGGAUUGGAGAAGCGACUUUAGCGCGACAGGGUAGCGACCAUGUUAUGACUUCAACCCCUAAUUGGGUGGAGAUAAAUGCCAUCAGAAUUCCUAACUCUGCAAGACGCGGGACUGAUGAAACUAGAGUUCCAGUCACUGCAGAACCAAGGACUGAUGAAGGGAGAAUUUCAGCCUCUGAACCCAGGGCUGAUGAAGGAAAAAAGAAGUUAUUUGUGGUGAUCGUGGCAGGCUUUAGAACAGGCAGCACACUUUUGGGAGAGUUCUUCAACAAGAAUAAUGAGAUGUUCUAUUUAUUUGAGCCACUCCAUCAGGUUCGUGCACUUUUAGCAGAGAUCUCCAGCUCCAAACCCUCCACCCCUCUCCUAGAGCUCCAACUACUCUACCUAAACCACCUCCUCAACUCAUGCUCCAUCUUCUCCUACUCAGAGUUCAGAAACCAGAUGUUGAAACUCAGCUGUGGAACAACGGCGGAGAACCUGACCAAGUUCGGUAGAGAAGAGUGCGGAGAAGUUCCGCGUCACUUCAUGUCCCAACUCUGUCAAAACCAUGAAAUUGUAGUCCUGAAAACUAUCCGGAUCAGGGACCUACGAGUUCUAGGUGAGAUACCCAAUAUUAGGGAACACCAAGUUAAAAUCAUCCACUUAUUAAGAGAUCCCAGAGGGGUCGUGAACUCAAGAAGAAAGUUUCCCCACUUUUAUCUCAGAGAUCUAGAUGAAGUUCCAGUGAAGCCCCUGACUAAGCGGAAGAUCAUGCAGACAGCAAGAGACUACUGUGACCAUGAGUACCAGAACUUUCUUGUCACAGAUUCAAUACCAGACUGGCUGAUAGGAAACUACUUACAAGUUACACACUCUCAAAUUAGUACCCACCCCGUGGAUACGCUAGAGAAACUGUACUCUUUCUUGGAACUAGAUAUUCCAGGUAAUGUUAGAGAAUGGGCUGAGAGUUUGUCAAGGACGGGCGAGUCUGAGGUUGGGGCUCUGACGACUCGUAAGAAUUCAACAGAGGUUAUGGAAAAAUGGAGACGUGAGUUGGAGCCUCGUUUUGUACGGGUUAUAGAGAAGACUUGUAAACAUUUGAUGGGCAGAUUGGGAAUUUUUAAGUGACGUUACCAACUUAUGUGACGUGAACGCGCGGUUAACAUCUAUUAGAUCAUAAUGAAUUACCCAUAU